AUGGGCAUCAAGGAUGAGCUACGUUCAGGCUUCAUCUCGGCUUCGUUCCAGGUUUUACUUGGUGGGUUAGCCAAGUUUGCUUUAGAAGAGAUAGGCAAGAUAUGGGGUGUUGAUGCUGAACUAAGAAAGCUGGAAAGAGCUCUUUCAAGAAUCCAGGCCAUGAUUGAGUACGUGGAGCAUGGCCAUUGGAACAGUUUCUUCAGCAACAGCAGCAAGAAGGCAUGGCAGCUCUGGCUUGAAGACGUCAAGACGCUUUCAAAUGUUGCAGAUGACCUUCUAGAGGAGAUUUCAUUGGAAAUGGAUCUUGCCAAGUCCAAAGUUGAUUGUUACCAAACAUCUAGUGGAAACCUGAUACGCAAUGAGAUCUUGUCUUCAGGAAGACUAGAUGUGCCGCGUGAAAUUAGUAAAUUAAGAAAAGACUUAGAAGAUCUUGCUUGCGAAAUGGAUAAAUUUUUCACUUUUGAAUCACUCAAAGUUGAGGGUACAAAAGUGACGUCCUUAGCGCAAUCCUAUUGUUAUAGUGCUAACAGGAGCAGUUCAUUCGUUGAUCAUUCAUUAAUUGUUGGGAGAGAUAUUCAAAAGGCAGACAUCGUUCAAAGGUUACUAUCUGACGCUAAUAUGGUUAGCCAUAAUUUAUCUUUAAUUUCCAUAGUUGGAAUGGCAGGAAUAGGCAAAACAACACUUGCUCAAGUUGUUUACAAUGAUGAGCAAAUCCUAAAAUACUUUGAAUUGAAGAUAUGGGCCUCAGUGUCUUUGGAAUUUGAUGUAGUUAGAGUCACAAGAUCAAUUAUUGAGUCAGUCACGAAGAAAAGUUGCAAACUCACGGAUUUAGACCCACUUCAAGGAAAACUUCAAGAAUUGCUUAAUGGUAAAAGGUUUUUGCUUGUGUUAGAUGACUUUUGGAGUGAGAAGUACAAUGAUUGGCAGGUCUUAUCCGCACCAUUAAGAUCUGGUUCAAAGGGUAGUAAGAUUAUUGUUACUACUCGAAGUAGAGGUGUACCAAGUCUUGUUGGUUCAGAUCCAUACCUCGUACCAUUUUUACAUGACAAGGAUUGUUGGGAAUUAAUGAAGCAAAGGGCACUUCUAAAUAAAAAUAUUUGCACAGUAGAGAAUGUUGAUGCAUUAGGAUUACAGAUAGCCAAAAAGUGCAAAGGAUUGCCCUUAAUGGCAAAUAUACUUGGGAGUACAAUGAAUUGCAUUCCUUUUGAAGAGUGGGAUGCCAUUUUGAAAAGCAAUUUGUGGGACUUGACUCAGUUGAGAGAUGAUAUAUUUCCAGCUUUAGCACUUAGUUACCAUUAUCUUCCUACAGAAUUGAAGAAAUGUUUUGCUUAUUGUGCUUUAUUCCCUGCAAAUCAUAAGUUUGAAGAUGAAAAUUUGGUGUCACUUUGGAUGGCAGAAGGAUUCAUUCAACCUAUGGGUGAAAGAAGAAUGGAAGACAUUGGUAAGCAGUACUUUAAGGAUCUGGUCUGGAGGUCCUUUUUUUACCCUGAUCCAAUAGACAAGAAGAUACACAAAAUGCAUGAUCUCUUUCACAAAAUGGCUCAAUUCAUUUCUACAGAUGUAUGUUUGCAGAUGGAUAAUGAUAGACCAUCUUGCUACCCAUCAUUUAUAAACAUUCGUCAUUUGUCAUUCUGCUGCAACAGUUCUUUGUCUGUUGAACUGAAGGAAUUUCCUAAGUGCAAAAGAUUACGGACCUUCCUUUUGACAUGUAACAAUGGUGCAAAUGUUGGUCAAGGAACAAUUUACCUCUUUCAGAAAUUCAGUAUGCUAAGAGUAUUGGAUUUGAGUCAAGGGGGCAUUACUGAGCUUCCAGAUUUAGUUGGUUGUUUAAAGCACCUCCGUUACCUAAAUCUGUCUGGUAACCCUAUCAAAUUUGUUCCAAAUUCAAUAGGUAAACUCCCUUAUUUACAGACACUUAAGCUGAUUAAUUGCAGAGAGCUUCUUUGUUUCCCGAGGAACUUCAGGAAUUUGGGAAACCUUCGGCAUCUUCAGUUUGAUAAGAAUAGGCGAAUAACACACAUGCCACCAGGAUUUGGAGAACUAAAAAAUCUUCAAACCCUGUCUGCAUUUGUUGUUGGUCAAGGUGAAGGUUAUACUAUCAUGGAACUGAAGAAAAUGGCAUUUCUCAAGGGAUCGCUUCAUCUCUUGAGACUUGAAAAUGUAAAAGAUGAAAUUGAGGCAGCAGAGGCCAAGUUAGACAUGAAGCCGUGGCUCGAGGAACUUGAGUUGGAAUGGACCAUUCCUAGAAAUAAGCAUGAUGCUGAAAUAGUCCUUAGUCACAUUCAGUUUCAUGGAAAUCUGAAAAAAUUGGUGAUAACAAACUAUUGCGGUGUGGCUUUUCCUCCACGUUGGUUAAAUGAUUCAGUUCACUCCCAACUCAGAACUAUUCACCUGCAGAGUUGUCGAGAAUGCUCGUUGCUCCCAGUUCUUGGACAUCUCCCGUUCCUUGAAUCUCUCCGUAUUGAAGAUAUGCCUGCACUGGAACGCGUUCACUUUGAAUUUUCUGUGGGAUUUCCGUCAUUGAAGUCACUUGAAUUCAGGAACAUGCUGGAGCUGAAAGAAUGGGAGGGUUUAAGAGAUGGAGAUAUGUCUUCCCUUCAUGUUCUCAUAUGCAAAGAUUGUCCCAGCCUAAUAAGUCUACCUUCUCUUCACAUCCUUAGUUCUCUCACCGUAUUAAAGAUCAAACGCUGCUCAACACUUCAGUCAUUGUCUGAAAGGAUGCCUAUUACUCUCAAGAAGCUUGACGUAAGAGGAAGUACGACUGUUGAGGAACGAUGUGAAGAAGGUGGAGAGGAUUGGUUAAAGUUAAGAUCAAUACCAGCCCUCAAGAUUGUUAGUGACAGAAGCAGUAUGAAUGAACCGACUCCAAUGGAGCUUUGA